AUGACCACCAAAUCUGAUCAACCCACAAAAGACCUCAUUGCAGAUGGUCGGUCCUCCAUCCAAGGGGUCACCCACCAUGCCGAGGACAUUGUUGACGGCCGGGAGCCCUACGGCCCACCCGGGAUCCGGGGUCUCAUCGCCAAUCCCUUUGUACUCCUGUGUGCCGGAUGCUCAACCCUGGGAGGUCUGCUCUUCGGGUAUGACCAGGGUGUGGUCUCUGUGAUCCUAGUCAUGGACCAAUUCCUGAAGCGCUUUCCCGAGGUAGCCGAGGGACACUCAGGCUCCGGGUUCUGGAAGGGGUUGAUGACAGCAAUGAUUGAGUUGGGAGCACUCAUAGGCGCCUUGAACCAGGGUUGGAUCGCGGAUAAGAUUUCGCGACGAUACUCCAUCAUCGUGGCAGUGAUAAUCUUCUUGAUUGGUUCUAUUCUGCAGACGGCAGCGAUGGACUAUGCCAUGUUGACAGUUGCCCGGUUUAUUGGUGGUCUGGGAAUCGGCAUGCUGUCCAUGGUGGCCCCAUUGUACAUUUCUGAGAUCAGUCCUCCCGAGUGUCGCGGUACCCUCUUGGUGCUGGAAGAGUUCUUCAUUGUGCUGGGAAUUGUCAUCGCAUACUGGAUCACAUAUGGCACUCGAUACAUGGCCGGUGAAUGGGCCUGGCGCCUGCCGUUCUUGCUUCAGAUGGCCCCUGCUAUCAUUUUGGUAGCUGGAGUCAUUGUUUUGCCGUUCUCGCCGCGCUGGCUUGCCUCCAAAGGCCGAGAGGAGGAAGCCCUGCAGAGUCUGUCGCGACUGCGGCAAUUGCCUGCGACGGAUAAGCGUGUGCGCCAGGAAUUCAUGGAUAUCAAGGCUGAAGUACGCUUUCACCAGGAGAUCAACGUGCAAAGGCACCCCAGUCUCCAGGAUGGUGGACUGAAGAGCUCGCUGCUGUUGGAGAUGGCCGGCUGGGCCGACUGUUUCAAGAGCGGAUGUUGGCGGCGAACCCACGUGGGUGUAAUGCUCAUGUUCUUCCAGCAGUUCGUCGGUAUCAACGCCCUUAUCUACUACUCUCCGACCCUUUUCCAAACCAUGGGCCUAGACUACGACAUGCAACUGCUCAUGUCCGGAAUCCUCAACGUCCUGCAGCUGGUCGGUGUGGCCACGACAAUCUGGACGAUGGACAGCAUCGGCCGUCGCCCGUUGCUUCUCUGGGGUGCAGCCAUCAUGGCUCUCUGCCACAUCAUUAUCUCCGUUCUGGUCGGCCUCUACUCGGACAACUGGCCUGCUCACCGGGGACCCGGCUGGGCCAGUGUGGCUCUUCUUUUCGUGUACAUGAUUGCCUUUGGGGGAUCGAUUGGUCCUGUUGGCUGGGCUAUGCCGUCCGAAAUCUUUCCCUCUUCGCUCCGCGCCAAGGGAGUGGCUCUGUCCACCUGCUCCAACUGGCUCAACAACUUCAUCAUCGGCCUGAUCACUCCACCCCUCAUCCAAGACACCGGCUACGGGGCCUACGUCUUCUUCGCCGUCUUCUGUGUUCUCACUUUCCUAUGGACCUUUUUCUUCGUCCCCGAGACGAAGGGGCGCACCCUCGAGCAGAUGGACCACAUCUUCAAGGACAAUUCCAGUGAAGCCGAUCGCGAUCUUCGCCGGGCGGUUGAGGCUCGGAUACUGCGGGAGGAGGAGCGGGAGGAGGAGACCCAAGGCACUUCUGUUUGAGCGGAUUUCUCAAUCUAGCCCUCUUUCUUUGUCUCAUCGAGGAUCAGACAGGGUGCGAGUCAUCUGCAGCUUCACGUCCACUGGUGGAUCCGUGCGCUGCAGCUUCAAUUCUUCAUACAUAGCGUUGAUUAGGUAGUCCCAGG